CCUCCUGAGUAGCUAGAAUUACAGGUGGGAGCCACUAGCACCUAGCCAGUAUUCUCAUUUUAAUGUAAGUUCAGUUGAUCCACUGAACACCCCAAGAUCUCCAAGAGAAGUGGGUUUUGCAAGUGUCUUUGCUACCUCCACACUGAUAAUAAAAUGAUCCCGCCUUUGCUUCCCCCAUCUUUUUUUUUUUUUUUUUGGCAGAUGAGUCCCCAGUGUCCUGCUGGAUUUUCUCAGUGAUGGUGUCGGUGGUCCCUGCACCCAAACUCCCAUCUCCUCUGGAUCACAGAAGAUGUUGGCAUUUAGCCAGCCACUCAGAUUUCCUUGCUCUUCAGUCAAAACCCCUCUGGCUACUUCCUCCCUUUCUUUUCUUUUUCUCAUUGUUCAGGAGAGGCCAUCUCUGCUGGUUGGGGUGGGAAACAACAUAAAUGUGCAAAGUCCUGUUCCCAGAGUGAUUAUCAGAAGACUGCACUCACCAGGGCACCUGCAGCCAAUUAAGGUCCCCGUGGUCAGACAUCAUCAGGACUGGGCCCAUCCUGUCAUUUUAUAAUUGGACAAACGGAGCUCAGAAAGGAAACAGACUCCUCCAGAGCAAUUACAAACUUGGGAAGAACCCACUGUGUGAAUCUGACCCCUGUCACACCUUCCAGCCCAGCCCAGUAGUGACCUGGGAGUCACUUGGGACUUAGCAGCCCAGCAGCGGCUCCCAGCCAGUUGGGGAGCAUCUAAACUUUAUUGCAUUUAGUAAAUUAAUGACUCAUCUCUCCCUGCAGCAAUUCCAUGUUAAAAUGGUGUUUGAGCAAGUACAAGCUUAACUUGGAGGAAUGAGGUGUGACAUCAGAUGAAGGUGAAUAAUUGUCUCUAUCAUCGUAGCCAUGGAACCUUGUUCCCGCCAUGUUGUAGCUGUGUCUUUCACUUGACCUUGACCAUUAUGGGUGGCCUUUCUGUGCCUUGUCCUUGGAUGCUAUCUGUUAUAAAAGGCCACUCACUGGUGCCUUAGGCUGCAGAAACAGCCCCGACAUCUACGUAUUCAUCUCCUGCCCGGAGUCUUGGGGACACGGGAAUAACACCUCUCUCCCCUUCCCACAUCGUGAAUGACACUGAUGCUAAUGACGCAGAACAGCAGACCUUUCUCGUGGUGGUGGCCAUCGACUUUGGAACCACAUCCAGUGGCUAUGCAUACAGCUUCACCAAGGAGCCAGAAUGCAUCCACGUGAUGAGGCGAUGGGAGGGAGGUGACCCUGGUGUAUCCAACCAGAAGACGCCCACCACCAUCUUGCUGACCCCAGAGAGGAAGUUCCACAGCUUCGGGUAUGCCGCCAGAGACUUCUACCACGACCUGGAUCCCAACGAGGCCAAGCAGUGGCUGUACCUGGAGAAGUUCAAGAUGAAAUUGCACACCACGGGGGACCUCACCAUGGAGACAGACCUGACGGCUGCAAAUGGCAAGAAAGUCAAAGCCCUUGACAUCUUUGCUUAUGCCCUGCAGUACUUUAAGGAGCAGGCAUUGAAGGAGCUGAGUGACCAGGCGGGCUCGGAGUUCGAGAACUCCGAUGUCAGAUGGGUCAUCACGGUUCCUGCCAUCUGGAAACAGCCUGCCAAGCAGUUCAUGAGACAAGCUGCCUACCAGGCGGGCCUGGCCUCCCCGGAGAACUCGGAACAGCUCAUCAUUGCCUUGGAGCCGGAAGCGGCUUCCAUCUACUGCCGGAAGCUGCGGCUGCACCAGAUGAUCGAGCUUAGCAGCAAGGCGGUGGUCAAUGGGUACCGCGGCAGUGACACAGUAGGAGCGGGGUUUGCACAGGCCAAGGAACAUGUACGGCGUAAUCGGCAGAGCCGGACAUUUUUGGUGGAGAAUGUCAUAGGAGAAAUCUGGUCCGAGCUGGAGGAAGGUGACAAGUAUGUCGUUGUGGACAGUGGUGGAGGCACUGUAGACCUGACAGUCCAUCAGAUACGCCUACCAGAGGGACACCUGAAGGAGUUGUAUAAAGCAACAGGUGGACCCUAUGGAUCCUUGGGCGUAGAUUAUGAAUUUGAAAAACUUCUGUGUAAAAUAUUUGGUGAGGAUUUCAUUGAACAAUUCAAGAUCAAACGUCCUGCAGCCUGGGUCGACUUGAUGAUAGCGUUUGAAUCUCGGAAAAGAGCAGCUGCCCCGGACCGAACCAACCCGCUGAACAUCACCCUGCCCUUCUCCUUCAUCGACUACUACAAGAAGUUCCGCGGCCACAGUGUGGAACACGCCUUGAGGAAGAGCAAUGUGGACUUUGUGAAGUGGUCCUCUCAGGGGAUGCUGAGAAUGAGUCCAGAUGCCAUGAACGCCCUUUUUAAGCCAACCAUUGACAGCAUCAUCGAACACCUCCAGGACCUGUUUCAGAAGCCCGAGGUGUCCACGGUCAAGUUCCUCUUCCUGGUGGGGGGCUUCGCCGAAGCCCCACUCCUGCAGCAGGCGGUGCAGUCUGCCUUCGGUGACAAGUGCCGGAUCAUCAUCCCUCAGGACGUGGGCCUCACCAUCCUCAAGGGCGCCGUCCUCUUCGGCCUGGACCCCGCGGUCAUCAAGGUGCGCCGGUCCCCACUCACCUACGGGGUGGGCGUGCUGAACCGCUACGUGGAGGGCAAGCACCCGGCCGAGAAGCUGCUGGUGAAGGACGGCACUCGCUGGUGCACCGAUGUCUUCGACAAAUUCAUCUCGGCCGAUCAGUCCGUGGCCCUGGGGGAGCUGGUCAAGCGGAGCUACACCCCAGCCAAGCCGUCGCAGCUGGUCAUCGUCAUCAACAUCUACAGCUCGGAGCAGGACGACGUGAGCUUCAUCACUGACCCCGGGGUGAAGAAGUGUGGCACGCUCCGCCUGGAUCUCACGGGCACCAGCGGCACCGCCGUGCCGGCCCGGAGGGAAAUCCAGACCCUCAUGCAGUUCGGGGACACCGAGAUCAAGGCCACAGCCGUGGAUAUAGCCACCUCAAAGAGUGUCAAAGUGGGGAUUGACUUCUUAAAUUACUAACCAUCCCUCCCUGCCACCUGUCCCCAUGGACUGACUCAUCUGCAUCCACUGACCCCAACCUUAACUGUCCUUGGCCUGACCUUGACCCUUCCCAUCAUUGCUCACCUGAAUUUCAGCAAGAAAGAUGAAAACAACCAGGGUGAGAAGUAACCUUUUUUUUUUUCAAGGACACUUUGGAGUCAGAAAAACUGACAGACAUUGAGAUUGAGAUCAGGGACUGGGACACUAGAAAAGCAGAUGGUUUUCAUAGGUACCAAAGUGGUUA